CAAAAGGAUUUACAGUUCUUAUUUCCCACUUUAGGCACACACACAAAAGCUGUACAUUUCCCUUCUAGUUUCCUGGUAGAUGUGUCAGAAAAUAUUGUCAUUUUUAUUUUUUGUGGGUUUCUAGGGAUCAAACCCAAGGCCUCCUAGAUGAGUGCCAUCCCUGAAAUGAAACUAAUAUUAAUGUCCACCUACCUAUGUACUAUCUUAGUAUAGUACAGUAUGACGACAUUUCUUUUUUGGAAGAUAUCUCACCCAGAGUGAUAGCUGCUGUUUUAGAUCUGGCUAAAGUUCUAUUUUGUGCUAGGAUUUUUCUGCCCCUCUCUUUCCACACUAACUGAGCAAGCAAAGCAGUGGGUUACCAUGAGCUGUACCUUCCAUUCUUUCUACUGAUUUUUCACAUCAUAGUCCUCUUGAAUAUUAAUAUUUUGCCUUCAAAUAUUCAAAUAUCAGAUACAAAUUAAUUGUGUUUGUUUCCUAGAGAUCUUUUAUUCAUACCUCUUCUUCGUUUAGACUGUUUACCCUAUGGCUGUCAUGCUUUUAAUACUUUCCCCACACUGCCCACCUUUUAUAGAAUCCAAUAUCAUUUCUGCAUUUACUUUCUUACUUGGUCAGAACCCAAUUUCAUUAAAAUAGAUGCAGAGGUAGUUUUUAAUAAACAACUUUUGAUACUUUACAUAAGUAAAGCAAUCUUUUUGUUUGAUAGUUUGACUGGGUAUAAAAGUAUAAUUUGAAAUUUUCUCUUUCAUACUUAAAAAGGUGCUUUUCUUUUUCUUAAUUGUGUAGACUCACCUUUCACAAUGACAAUUCUAUUCUAAACUGUAUCCCAUUUUCUGCAAUAUUUUCCCAUUCAUUCUGGAAGCACUGGAAAACUUAACCCCAAUAGUCUGAAGAUACCAUAGCAGGGACUAUUUCUUUGUUAACCUUUUCACAAGGAUAUACCCUGUCAAUGUUCAGACUAUCAAUUCAGAGAAAAUUUUCAUUUUAUUUUGCCAUAAUUUCUCUUCAGUAUUUUCUAAAAAAUUUGAUUAACUAUUUGACCAACUGGACUGAUUCUAUUAAGAUCCUAAGCAUGUUUCCUUUUGUAGUUCCUAUUUGCCUCUGGUUCUACUUUCUUACACUGCUCAUUUAAGUAUUCAAUCUUUAUAUAUAAGCUUUCCUUUUUGGUAGAAAGUUUGUAAAUGUAAUAUGUUUUCUUAUCUGUAAUUUUCCAUCUUAGUAUAUAUUACAAAGAUAUACUUGUCCAGCAUUGUUAGUGUUAUAUAGCCAUUUUAAAAAUUAAGAGUGAUUCAGGGAAGUUGAAGAAAUUUACCAAAAGUAUAUAGUUUGUAUGGGACAUUUAAGUCCCCUAUCUAUUCUAUUUUCUUUGCUUAACUUUUGAAGCAGGGUUUCGACUGUAUAGUACAGGGUAGCCUCAAAUAUGCAAUCUUUCUGACUCUGCCUCUUAAGUAUUGGGACUACAGGUAUUAUAUAGGCAGACCCACACACAUCGGUAAGUGUAAUAAUUUAUUUGCACUUCCACACUUUCCAGGUUAGAAUUCUGGACUAUUUACUGUCUGAGAGUGUGUCCACCAUAGACCUUGUGUUCUACAGUCUGAGGGCAUUGCUUGAGAAGAGACUUGAAAUCUUAUUAUUCAGAACACUAAAGUUCUAUUUUCCUUUAGUUUAAUUUUAUACUUUUUGUUCAGCACUACUUACAUGUCAGACUAGACAAGGUUUGCUAAUCUCUCCACAUCAAGUAUCCGUUCUCUACCUUGAGUGACUUUUCUGUCUCUGUAGUCACCGAGAACAGAGAAUUUACCACUGUAAAUACAAAUAAUAAAUUGUCCAUCUCAUGAUUAACUUUAAUCUUCCAGUUUCUCUAAAUCUAAAAUGUUCUGAGAGACAAACAUGUUAAUUGCCCCAUCUCCAGUGAUGGAUUUUUAGCCAUUUCCUGGAACUUCAUAGUAAGUUUCUUCCAUCUGCUUUCUAUCAUCAAACAUCUGUGUACACUUUAAUUUUGUGAGUUCUCAGUAUUGUUACCUUCCUAUCAGCUUCCUGGGUAUUUUAAAGGCAGAAGGAUAACUACAUAUUACCAGCACAUCCAACUUUCAGUUUCUAUCUUUUGUGCUGGUUUCUUUUCUUUUUCAACCAUAUAUAGAACAUAAAUUUUUAAAAAUUCGAUUCAAACUGCAUUUUCAGCUCCAACUGUUUCAUGCACUCCUGGGUACUUUGGAAGCUUUCAGUAGUGAACAUAAUUGAUGAGCUUCUAGCAUCUGUUCCCAACAGUCUCCUCCUUCAGUAGCAAUCAUGAUCUUCAGUUAGGGAUACCCACCCCCCGCAAGCUUCAGAGAUGACACUAGUCGGGGUUAAACAAGCAAAGGGCAGAUCUUCAGGCUCUGUGACUAAAAGAUAACCCUAUGAUGCUAUAUUUGAGUAACUGUAUGUUACUUUGCUAGCCAGAACAUGGUAUUAAUUGGUUUCAUCAGAGGUUAAAUUUUUGCUCUCUUUAGGAAAGCAAACGUCUCUUUUUUUCUCCCCAAACUGAUGUGUAUUGUUGGCAGAAUAUUUUGGGAACCUGAGGGAGGUCAGCGUUAGGAGUAAGAGUGUACUUCACAUGAAAUAGCAUGCUUGUAUUUGUACACCACUUUCUGAAUUUUUGUCACUUGCAAGAAACUGGAACACAACUAUGAAUUAAUAUAAUAUGUUCCUUAAUGUAUACCAUCUCCUGGCCAAUCCAGUUUCAUAAUCCUAAGAGAACCUCUGAAACUUUCCAUGGACACUUUUUCUUUCCCUUUCUGCCUAAGCAAGGUCUAGUGGGAAGGGAUGUGUUAAACUUAACAAUGUUAUAUUCCUGAGAUACUUAACACGUGCUUUAAAACAAAUACUCACAUCAUCAUGAACUAUAGAGAACACUGAUGAAAAAAUAUGCUAGUAACCACAUAAACAACAAAUAUUUGUCUCUGAGGGACGUUCAAUGUAAGUGGAACUUAAGUAGCAUUCAUCAAACUGUGAAAAUCUGAGAAGACACAUGGUGGCGCUGCAGGACAAUGUUACAGGAAAAAAAAAAUCACAUUCAAUGCUGCGGACACACAGCCCAAGAGAGCACGGAAAACUAGGAAGAAAUAGCAAGUCGUGAAGGUGCUACCUAGAAACCUUUUAUCCUUUGGAUUCUGGGGAUUCUGUGAACAAAUCAAGGGACAUAUUUUACCGAACUGCAUGGUGAGGCAGAAGUGAUUCUUUCAGAAGCCUGCCGGAAAGGAGCUAUGGAGAACCGAGGGGGAAACUAUCCGCAGACAAGGCAAGUCCUGCUUCUCUUUGUUUUGCUGGGAAUGUCUCAAACGCACGCUGAGCCUGGGAGACUUUCGGUGGUGGAGGAGACGCUGAGUGGGGCCUUGGUAGGCAAUUUGGUAAAGGAUCUGGGGCUCGAGUUGGUUGAGCUAUCUUCACGGGGGGCUCAAGUGGUCUCCAAGGAUAACAAACUGCCUUUGCUUUUGAACAUAAAUACAGGAGAUUUGCUCCUAAGCGAACCGUUAGACAGGGAGGAGCUGUGUGGCUCUGCCGAGCCCUGCGUGAUGCACUUCCAGGUGUUAAUGAAAAACCCCUUACAGAUUUUGCAAGUUGAGCUUCAGGUCAGGGAUAUAAAUGACAACUCCCCCAUAUUCUUGGAAAAGGAAAUGGUUCUAGAAAUCCCAGAGAAUAGCCCUGUUGGUUCUGUGUUCUUACUAGAAAGUGCGACGGAUUUAGAUGUAGGACCCAAUGCUGUGAAAAACUACAUCAUAAGCCAGAGCUCUUAUUUCCACAUUACAAUGAGAGUUAAUCCUGAUGGCAGGAAAUACCCAGAGUUAGUUUUGGACAAGGCACUGGACUACGAGGAGCAGCCACAGCUCAGUCUCAUCCUCACUGCUUUGGAUGGUGGGACUCCACCCAGGUCUGGGACUGCCUUGGUUCGGGUGGAAGUCAUAGAUAUUAAUGACAACUCCCCUGAGUUUGAGCACAUGUUCUAUGAAGUGAAGAUUCCGGAGAAUAGCAUCCUUGGCUCACUGGUUAUCACUGCAUCGGCUAGGGAUUUAGACUCAGGAAUUAAUGGUGAACUCUCUUAUGCCUUUAUCCAUGCAUCAGAGGAAAUUAGAAAAACAUUUUCAAUUAACAAAAACUCUGGAGAAAUACGUUUAAUAGGAUAUUUGGACUUUGAAACAACUGAAUCCUACUCAAUAAUCAUUAAAGCUACAGAUCGGGGAGGACUUUUUGGGAAAUCUACAGUAAGAAUUCAGGUGAUGGAUGUGAAUGACAAUUCUCCUGAAAUUGCUGUGUCAUCAUUUAUCAGUCCAAUCCCAGAAAACACCCCAGAGACUUUAGUUAUGAUUUUUAGUAUCCAAGACAAGGACUCAGGAGAGAACAGCAGGAUGAUCUGUUCUAUUCCAGAGGACCUCCCGUUUGUGCUAAAAUCUUCAAUUGAAAAUUACUACCACUUAGAAACUGAGGGAGCACUGGACAGAGAGAGCAGAGGUGAGUACAACAUCACCAUCACAGUCACCGACAUGGGCACACCCAGGCUCACAACUCAGCACACCAUAACAGUGCAGGUGUCCGAUGUCAAUGACAACUCCCCCGCCUUCACACAAACCUCCUACACCCUGUUUGUCCAGGAGAACAACAGCCCCGCCCUGCACAUAGGCACCAUCAGCGCCACAGACUCAGACUCAGGCUCCAAUGCCCAUAUCACCUACUCUCUGCUGCCCACCCACGACCCGCAGCUGGCUCUCUCCUCGCUCAUCUCCAUCAACGCCGACAAUGGGCAGCUGUUCGCACUCAGGGCGCUGGACUAUGAGGCCCUGCAGACCUUUGAGUUCCAGGUGGGCGCCACAGACCAAGGCUCUCCUGCGCUCAGCAGCCAGGCACUGGUGCGUGUGCUGGUGCUGGACGCCAACGACAAUGCGCCCUUCGUGCUCUACCCGCUGCAGAAUGCCUCUGCACUCUGCACAGAGCUGCUGCCCAGGGCGGCAGAGCCAGGCUACCUGGUCACCAAGGUGGUGGCAGUGGACCGCGACUCUGGACAGAACGCCUGGCUGUCCUUCCAGCUGCUCAAGGCCACAGAGCCCGGGCUGUUCAGCGUGUGGGCUCACAAUGGCGAGGUGCGCACCUCCAGGCUGCUGAGUGAGCGAGAUGCUCCCAAGCACAGGCUGCUGCUGUUGGUCAAGGACAAUGGAGAUCCUCCAAGGUCUGCCAGUGUCACUCUGCAUGUGCUGCUAGUGGAUGGCUUCUCUCAGCCCUACCUGCCUCUGCCAGAGGUGGCGCGCGACCCCGCGAAAGACAAUGAAGAUUUGCUCACACUGUACCUGGUCAUUGCCUUGGCUUCUGUGUCUUCCAUCUUCCUCUUGUCUGUGCUGCUGUUUGUGGGGGUGAGGCUGUGCAGGAGGGCCAGGGCGGCCUCUCUGGGUGGCUUCUCUGUGCCUGAGGGACACUUUCCUGGUCACCUGGUGGAUGUCAGCGGCACUGGGACCCUGUCCCAGAGCUACCAGUAUGAGGUGUGUCUGAUGGGAGGUACUGGCACAAAUGAUUUCAAAUUCCUGAAGCCAGUUUCCCCCAAUCUACCACCCCAGUUCCCUGGGAGAGAAUUGGUGGAAAGCCCUACCCUCCACAAUAGUUUUGGGUUACUUAGUGACCAUAACUGAUGCUAUAUUUUAUAUGUGUUUCAUUUCAUGGCUACCCCAAGGCAGUGUGCAUUUCUCCCAGUUUUCAUGAUCUUCAAAUCUGCUAGUAUUUACAUUUCCUUUUUUCCCUCCCACUUUUCAAUUUAUGUCAGCACUUGUAAUAAGAUGGUAAUUUAUUCUGUGGCCGGUUCUCUAGGAUGUCCUACCUUGUAAAGACUUUGCCUCCUUAAACAACAAAAAAUCACCCCCAUCUGUCUUCUCCAGUUGCACCUUCCCCUUCACUGUGCUUACGAUGAAAUAAACAGACCACUGCGGGAGUAGUUGAAAUGUCCAAGCAUAUCUUUCAUUGACGCUCUUUCUGUAGUUUUUCUUGUGGCUUAUUAUUGUCGAUGCUAUUUUCAAGUAAGUUUAUUUUAAAAACCUCCCUAGUUGAGAUAUUAUGUUUAAAUGUUUGUUACUGUUGACUGUAUUGAUAUGUUGGGAAAUCCAUACUGUGAUACAGCCAUUAGGCCCAUUGAAAAGGAGCCCGUAGUGGGUCUGGGAAUGGCUCAGUGAUAGGUCCGCAGAUAGAUAACAACAUGGAAUAAACAAAUGGGGACAGCGAUUAGCUUCUUAAUAACUUUAUGUUAUGUGCCCUGGAAGGUGGCGGGGGAGGCACAUGAAUACUGUGGCCAUAGGAGAAAGCAAACUUAUGAGAUAAUAUAUGAUUUUGUUUAUGUUCUCUUUGAAAAAAAUGAAUAUGCACUGAGUACUAAUUCACACAUAAAAUUAUACCAUGUGUGUUUAUGCAACAUUCAAACCAAACAGGAAGAAAUAUUUUGUGCUCAGUACUUAGUCUACUAUGAGCUUGAAAUUUCCUAUUUUAUUCCAUUGCCUAAACUUCCUGGUAUGGUCACAAGCCACCAAAUUGGUCCUGGACUCUACUGAAGAGCAGCAUCCAAAAGUUAGGUGACCACUUUUAGUUUGGAUGUAUGAAAGUGCCAUAUAUGUGUAACACCGAGAAGUUUCAAGAGAUCAUAAUUCAGGUUCUAAUUUUUUAAAAAAAAUUAACUUCAACUGCCACAGAGGGGAGUUUUAUCUUGUGUUGAGAAGGACCAGCCUAUAAUGGGUCUUGUCCUUAAUGGUCUGACAACACGACAGAGAAAAAUAAAAUGUUUGGAGAUGAAGUUUCCUAAAAAGUCUAAAGUCUGCAUGCAUAGACAAAGGAAAAUGCAAAUGAGAAAAUGAGUCGUCGUGGAGACAGAAAGAGGGUAAGCCAUGACAGUAAGAAGGGGGAGGGACUAGGUGAUGAUCCUUCCAGUCCCACAGGCUGGAGUCAGUGCCGGAAACUUCCUCUUGAAGAUAUUUAACACUGAUAUUAGUUAAUUAAUUUUAAUUAAAAUCCCUCCAAUAUCCAAGACAACCUAGUGUUCAUACUUUUUUUUUUUUUGGUUUUUUUGAGACAGGACUUCUCUGUGUAGCUUUGCAUCUUUCCUGGAACUCACUCUGUAGACCAAGCUGGCCUUGAACUCACAGAGAUCUGCCUGCCUCUGCCUCCUGAGUGCUGGAAUUAAAGGCAUGUGCCACCACCACCCAGCGUGUUCAUACAUUUUGAAAGCUAGAAUUUCAUUAUUGGCCCAUUGAACUAUGGAAUCUUUGCAGCCAGGCAAAAUGUAGAUACAGGCUGGUUAAAUUCAAGUUCCUACUUUGAGAAGUAGAAGUUGAAGCAGGCUCUCUCUUCUUUAAAUGAAACCUCCUUUCUAUAGAGAACAAAAUUCACAGAAUUACAGUAAAUCAAAACCAAGUAUUAAGAUUACCUCCUCUCAUUAUGUUACUGAGUGGGGACUAGAUUAGUGGAGGACCAAUUAAAACAUUAUAGCAUAUCAGACAAGAUAGACAGACUACAGAAGCAAACAACAACAAAAAAACCUGUAAAUGACCACUUCACAUGCACCAGAGCAGCUAUAAUGAAAAGGACAGACAAGAAAAUAAUGAGUGUUGACAGGAUGUAGAAAAAGUGGAAUACUGUUGCUAUAGAAAUAAAAAAAAAUGGUACAGUGCUUUGGAAAGUAGCUUGUCUGUUCUUCAAAAUAUUAAAUAUAUAUAUAUAAAUCUUCUGUUACUCAGAAUUUCAAUUCUUAUAUACCGAUCUAAAAGAAAUGGCAUACAUCUACACAAAACCAUUUAUGAACAAAUGUCCAUAUUAGUGUUGUACCUAACACUAAAAAAAUUAAACAACCCAAAUAUUCAUCAACUGAUAAAUAGAUAAACCAAAUAUGGUAUUUCCAUGUAAUGAAAUUAUUCUUAAUUUUUUUUUGAGACAGGGUUUCUCUGUGUUGUUUUGGUGCCUGUCCUGGAUCUUGCUUUGUAGACCAGGCCAGCCUCGAACUCACAGAGAUCCGCCUGGCUCUGCCUCCUGAGUGCUGGGAUUAAAGGCAUGCACCACUACCGCCCAGCAAUUCUUAAUGAGCAAUAAAAUGAGUGUAAUACAAUAUGCAGUUUUAGUUAUGGUUAUUACUGCUGUAAUGAAACACUAUGACAAAAAAAGCAGCAUAGGGAAGAAAGGGUUUAUCAGGCUUAUGCUUCCUCAUCAAUGUUUAUCACUGAAGGGAGUCAGGGCAGGAUCUCAAACAGGGUAGGAACCUGGAGGCAGGAGCUGACAUAGAGGCCGUGGGGUAGUGCUGCUUACUGGCUUGCUCUCCAAGGCUUGUUCAGCCUGCUUUCAUACAGAACCCAGGAUCAUCACCUCAGAAGUGGCCCUACCCACAAUGGGCUGGGCUCUCCCAUUUCAAUCACUAAUUAAGAAAAUUCUCUACAGGCUUGCCUACAGCCUGACCUUACAGAGGCAUUUUCUCAAUUAAAGCUCCCUCCUCUCUGGUGACUCCAGCCUGUGUCAAGUUGACAUAAACUCACCAGCACAUACACCAUGGGAAAUCUCAAAAAUAUGGUGCUAAGUUUGAUGUUCUUUGGCAACCUACUGGUUAGGGUUUGGUGCUCUCACAAAAAUAUUAUGCUGAAUAAAAAAAUGUCAUUUUAAAAAUCACAUAUUCUAUAAUUCUGUUUAUACAAAAUAAUCAAAACAUAUGGAGACAGAAAAUGUCUUGGUGGUUGUAUAAAGUUGGGAAAAUGUGUAGGAGUGGGGACUAGUUGGGUACAAUUUAUAUGGGGGACAAUGAAAACAUUUUAAGUUAGAAAUAAUGGUAAUAGUUGCACAAUUCUGAAAAUAUAGGAGUAACCAUUAAACUCUGUACUUCAAAUGGCAGGAUAUUAUGGUUUCUCUAUUUCAACAAAGAUGUCCAAAGUAAUGGACAAUGUCUCCAAAAGCCUAUGAUUCCAAGUAAGCUGGGUCUUCUCUUAUCGAUGAUGAUGGAAGUGUGAAGAGAAAUUCAAACCGCCAAGGUAGAAGAAUCCUACAGACACAACAGAAGGUCCGGGUACUUGUCUUGCUUCCAGCUUUUCCAGAUAUAUGAGCAUCAAGAUUUCUCUGUUUCUGGAAGAAAUUGUGUGUUUCCACACUCUAGUGGAGGGUAACCAAGCCGUCAGGAGCUCCCACGCUCACAUACAAGUAACCAACCAAUCUUCCAAAAUGCUUUGCUAAAAGCAAGGUUUUUCUCUAAGUCUUCAAAUAUAUUUGUUAUAGCUAAAUUUAAACACAGUACAUUCAAAUCAAGGUGUAUUGGAGAAUUUUGUAAUAAACAACUACUGUAAAUUAUAAGUAA